AACGUCGUAUCUGAAAACGUGAGGGACUCCGACUCACUGUGCAGGAGCAGCAAGCAGAGACCACAGACCGGGAGACGCUGCUCUGUGUUACGGAGCACUGUCGGUGUUUUUCUUUACUGUCGCUGCUGUAUUAAAAACUACUAGUAUGUCUAAGUCCCGUACAAUCAUAUGUUUACUAAGAAACGACUUGCGUCUUCAUGACAACGAGCUUUUCCACUGGGCUCAAUGUAAUGCAGAGCACAUUGUCCCACUGUACUGCUUCGACCCCAGACAUUAUGUGGGAACAUACAACUACAACCUGCCAAAGACUGGGCCUUUCCGCCUGCGAUUCUUACUGGAGAGCAUCAGGGACCUCAGAAACACAUUAGUCAACAAAGGCAGCAACCUCCUGGUGAGACGGGGUAAGCCAGAGGAGGUAGUUGCAGACCUCAUCAAGCAGCUGGGCUCAGUCAGCACCGUGGCUUUCCAUGAAGAGGUAACUUCGGAAGAACUGAAUGUCGAGAAACAAGUAAAGGAUGUCUGUGCACGGAUGAAGGUCAAAGUUCAAACCUGCUGGGGGUCGACACUGUAUCACAGAGAUGAUCUUCCAUUUCCCCACAUGUCCAGGCUGCCUGAUGUGUACACACAGUUCAGGAAGGCAGUGGAGACCCAGAGCAGGGUGAGGCCUCUGUUCCCAACACCUGAGCAACUGAAGCCUCUCCCCCGGGGGCUGGAGGAAGGAGCCAUUCCUACAGCAGAGGACCUGGAGCAGACAGAGCCUGUGGCUGAUCCUCGCUCAGCCUUCCCCUGCAGUGGUGGUGAAAGUCAGGUUCUGGCCAGACUCAAACACUAUUUCUGGGACACUGAUGCAGUUGCAACUUACAAGGAGACUCGUAAUGGCUUGAUUGGUGUGGAUUAUUCCACUAAAUUUGCACCUUGGCUGGCGAUGGGUUGCAUUUCCCCCAGGUAUAUUUAUCAUCAGAUCCAGCAGUAUGAGAGGGAGAGGACAGCCAAUCAGAGCACAUACUGGGUAAUUUUUGAACUUUUGUGGAGAGAUUACUUCAGGUUUGUAGCCGUGAAGUUUGGAAACAGACUGUUUCAGAUCAAAGGACUUCAAGACAAAUCUGUUCCAUGGAAAAAGGACAUGAAGCUUUUCAAUGCAUGGAAAGAGGGACGAACAGGAGUGCCCUUUGUGGAUGCCAACAUGAGAGAGCUGGCAAUGACGGGCUUCAUGUCCAACAGGGGGCGGCAAAAUGUUGCCAGCUUCCUAACAAAAGACCUCGGCCUCGACUGGAGGAUGGGAGCUGAAUGGUUUGAAUACCUUCUGAUUGACCACGAUGUCUGCAGCAACUAUGGCAACUGGCUGUACAGUGCUGGUAUAGGAAACGACCCCAGAGAGAACAGGAAGUUCAACAUGAUCAAGCAAGGCCUCGACUACGAUAACAAUGGUGACUAUGUGCGGCAGUGGGUGCCUGAGCUGCAGGGGAUCAGGGGAGCUGACGUGCACACGCCCUGGACACUCAGCACCGCGUCGCUGUCACAUGCUCAUGUGUCCCUCGGUGAGACCUACCCCGCCCCCAUCAUCGUGGCCCCGGAAUGGAGCAGACACGUUAACAAGAAACCGAGUGGUGCAGGGCCCUCACCAAGAGGAAAGAAAGGCUCAUCUCACACUCCCAAACAACAUCGGGACAGAGGCAUAGAUUUCUAUUUCUCCAGAAGUAAAAACCUGUGAUCUUCCUUGAAAACAAACACUGAACAUGUGGACAUGUGCUCAGACAGAGGGAGCAGCAGUGAUGCAAACAUGGACUUUUGCUCUCAAAUCUGUGUCACGCAUUGUUGUGUUGAUUGAGGAAAGUCUGAUGAGAAUUUGAGGAAAUGCUGCUUCCUUCUCACACUUAUAUUUUAUAUUGUUUGAUCUACACGUACCAAUCAGUUCCUGAGAAAAAAUACCUCGUAAAACACUUUUAUGGUGACGUUUCCUGUUAGCCUGCAGCAGCAGUGAAAGCCACACUGCGGUUUUUGUUCUGAUGCAGUGGAUCAACUGUUGAUGUUUUUGAGCAGAUUGUUUUUCUUGCUUUUUUCUUAUAUCUGUUUGAUUAAACUUUUUUUUGGUUGUAUUCCUUUUCAGAGGUUGUCUAUUUAUUACAAAGUAAAAUUGCCAAAUUAACAA